AAGUCCCCCACACACAAUCUAUUUAAAACCUAAAGCCCAGUUCAAGCCAUCAGUCGAGCUUGAACCAUCGUGCAUGCACAGCGAGAGCGAGUGCUUUGAAACAACAUAACGUGUUUAGUGCAGUGAAGUGUAGUAGCAGUUAAAAGCAACAAAAUGUCCGAAGGAAUCCGACGUGACAUCCCCAUCAAGUUGGGCGACUUCAGCGUAAUCGACACCGAAUUUAGCAGUAUAAGGGAGAGGUUUGACGCGGAAAUGCGAAAAAUGGAGGAAGAGAUGAGCAAAUUUAGGUCCGAACUGAUGAAUAGAGAAUCAAAUAACUUCUUCAGAAGCACGACAAGGUCGUACGAAUAUGAGAGUGUUUCUGGAGGAAACAAAUCUAAAUCGUCAAGCACAACUACUCAAUCCUCACACAACUCCGGUUUAGACGUAGCUCAAAGACCCGGGGGUGACGUCAGAACAUGGUACGAUGAUCUAAACUCGCCUUUAAUCCAAGAAGAUGGAAAUAACAAAUGCCUAAAAUUACGAUUCGAUGUGAGUCAGUACGCCCCAGAGGAAAUCGUUGUAAAGACUGUGGACAACAAAUUAUUGGUACACGCAAAACACGAAGAAAAAACAGAAUCUAAGUCAGUGUAUCGAGAGUACAAUAGGGAAUUCCUGCUGCCUAAGGGAACCAAUCCUGAACAAAUCAAGAGUUCUUUGAGCAAAGAUGGCGUUUUGACGGUCGAGGCCCCAUUGCCGGCGAUCACUGCUGGAGAAACAUUGAUUCCAAUCCAACACUAAGCACCAAUUGUUUAUUUAAAUUCCCACCGCUUUUAGAUCGUUACUUUGAAAAUUUUGCAAUAUCUUUUUGGCAAUAUGUUAGACUUGUAAUUUAUUUAUGGAAUCUGUGCUAACUCAGACGAUCGUCACCUGUCGACGCUUAAUUAAGUUCUUUGUUUAGCUAUGCAAGAAGUGUAGUAUAUAAACUUUUGUAAGUUAUUUAUAAACAAUAAAGUAUUUUUAAACAGA